AUGGACCUGAGCGCCGCCGCCGCGCUGUGCCUCUGGCUGCUGAGCGCCUGCCGUCCCCGCGACGGGCUCGAGGCAGCUGCGGUGCUGCGAGCGGAGGGGGCAGAACCGGCCAGGGGCUCGGGGGGCGGCGGCAGGCGGAACCUCGCCUCGGCUGCAGGCCCCUCCGCUGCCCCGGCCGCCGCAGCUCCCCGGGCCCGUGCGGCGCGCCGCGCCGCCGGCUCUAGCUUCAGGAACGGCUCGGUGGUGCCUCACCAAUUCAUGAUGUCGCUUUACCGGAGCCUGUCCGUGAAGGCUCCAGCCGGGGCAGCAGGCGCCUCCGCCUCCGGCCGCCACAGCCACGCAGACACAAUCACCGGCUUCGCAGACCAGGCGACUCAAGAUGAUUCGGCGGCGGAGACUGGUCAGAGCUUCCUGUUCGACGUGUCUAGCCUUCCCGACGCAGAUGAGGUGGUGGGCGCGGAGCUGCGCGUGCUGCGCCGAGCGCCCGGGGAGCCGGAUCCCGGCAGGGCUACCUCGCCGCCCCUGCUGCUGCUGUCCACGUGCCCCGGCGCCGCCCGCGCACCGCGCCUGCUGCACUCGCGGGCUGCCGAGCCCCUGGACGCCGCGCGCUGGGAGGUGUUCGACGUGGCGGACGCCGUGCGGCGCCACCGCCGGGAGCCGCGCGCUGGCCGGGCUUUCUGCCUCCUGUUGCGCGCAGUGGCGGGGCCCGCGCGAAGUCUGCUGGCGCCUCGGCUUCUGGGCUUAGGCUCGCGGGGCGGAGGCGGCGCAGCGGCGGAAGAGCGCGCGCUGCUAGUUGUUUCCUCCCGCUCGCAGAGCAAGGAGAGCCUGUUCCAGGAGAUCCGCGCCCAGGCCCGCGCGCUCGGGGCAGCGCUGGCCGCAGAGCCGCCGCCCGACCAGGGACUCGGCCCCGGAGCUCCGAAGGGGGUUCUCGGCGGCCGCAGGCGGCGACGGACGGCACUGUCUGGGACUCGGACGGCGCAGGGCAGCGGCGGGGGCGGGGGUCGGGGCCACGGGCGCAAGGGCCGGAGCCGCUGUAGCCGCAAGCCACUGCACGUGGACUUCAAGGAGCUGGGCUGGGACGACUGGAUCAUCGCGCCGCUGGACUAUGAGGCGUACCACUGCGAGGGCAUUUGCGACUUCCCGCUGCGCUCGCACCUCGAGCCUACCAACCAUGCCAUCAUUCAGACGCUGCUCAACUCCAUGGCUCCGGACGCGGCGCCGGCCUCCUGCUGCGUGCCUGCGCGCCUUAGCCCCAUCAGCAUCCUCUACAUCGAUGCCGCUAACAACGUGGUCUAUAAGCAAUACGAGGACAUGGUGGUAGAGGCAUGCGGCUGCAGGUAG